AGUUAUUUUCCGAACUUUGAACGAUGUCGAAUAGAAGUAGAGCCAAGUUUUUUGUUUUUGAAUUUUGUAAAAGAACUGAGAUCUCCGAACGGACAGCUAAUACUUUAUUUGAAGAGGAAUUUAAUACGAAAGAGUCGCUAUUGGCUUUGACUCCAGAUGUUCUUGAACUUAUCAAGAUACCUUUGGGGCAAAAAUGUUUACUUAGAAAAGCUUUAAUUGAAUUACAUAAGAGCGAAACCGAAAAGGAUAGAGCGUCUACUCUGACACUUCCCGAAAUUCCCAGAGAUAGACGAGGCAGCGAUACAAGUGUUGUUUAUAGGAAACAUUCACCAUUUCCAACUCUUGAAGAACAGGUUGUUACCUUAAACAGAAGAUUUGACACUCUAUACGAAACUCAAGAGAAUGAAGCUACCAGAGAAAUGAAGAGGAGAUUACACAAGAAAAAGAAACCUAAAGACCUACCAAAGUUAACUUUAGCGGAAAGAAUUAAGAAUAAUAGAAAAGAAAAUUCGGCAAACUACUAUGCUAUGGAGAGUCUUGACGAAGAGUCUAAUGAGGCACCUCCGCUAGAAGUUUGGCCACGAUAUUCCUCUGAAGACCAGGAGAAUAUGACGCCAGUGUAUAAGGAGCAAAGAGAAACGGAUCAAAGCCCGAAAGAAGUUGAAGCUUAUAUUGAAUCUCUUGAAAAACUGUUAGAUAAUCAAUUAGAUUCGUUAAUUAUUGAUAAAGAAAAUAAUGGAAAGAAAAAAAAUAGUUUAACAGGUAUUAAAUCCAAUGACAAGUUAAAUAGCAUCGUCGACAAAUUAAACAACUCUCAAUCUAUUUCCGAUGAAGAUCUCCUUAUACUUGAGAGGGAAAUUUCAAACGAUUGUAUGAAAAAGAAACUAAGCUCUAUGAGACGUCAAUCUGUAAUAGGAUCGGAUGAUCUAAAUAAAAUUUUAGACGGAAAUUUUGAUAAAGAAUUAGAUGAAUAUUUAAAAAAUAAGUUUGUUAAUAAAUGAACAAAAGAUCAAACAUACUUAUGAUUUUAAUUAGGAUAGUGAAAAUUUUAUGGAACAAACAUCAUUUACUUAUUUCAUCCGCUACUGAAAUUGUGACGUGAUUCAUUAGCAUUAUAUGCUAAAAAUUCUAUUUUUCUUCCAUUGAAUAUUUCAAUCGAUUUGGUUUUGUCUUUACAAUAGUCAAUAUAAGCAUUGUGAUUUUUAUGAAUUUGACGCGGCGACUUUCGCUUGAAUAAUACAAAUUUCUUUUGAAAAUUUAACAAAA